AUGAUUAAUGCCGUUCUUGUAUUUAAUAAUAGUGGACAACCUAGGUUGACAAAGUUCUAUACUCAGUUGGAUACACAAACCCAACAGCGCUUAAUAUCACAAAUUUACAGCCUCGUUUCGCAGCGUCCGUCCUCCGCUUGUAAUUUCUUGCCUUUGCCUCCACUACUAUCUCAAAAUGUAACCCCAAGCUCGGCCCCUGGUCAUUCGGACAAUCCAACCCAGGUAGUAUAUCGAACCUACGCUACGCUCUCAUUUAUUCUUAUUUCUACCUCGACCGAGUCACCUCUUGCUUUGAUCGAUUUAAUCCAAGUAUUUGUGGAGGCUCUGGAUCGCUUGUUUGAAAAUGUAUGCGAACUGGACCUAAUUUUUGGGUUUGAAACCAUGCAUGCAGUUCUGGGGGAAAUGAUAGUCGGAGGAGUGGUCAUUGAAACGAAUUUGGAUCGCAUCGUGCAAGGAGUCAGGAGUCAGGAAGGGUUAAAAGGCCGUAGGAAAGCGACAGAGGCAUCAAGUGCCGGAAUAGGGCGGACGGGAAUUCCCGGCCUGGGGGUCCCCUGGAGAUAG